CUCUAAAACAUCAGGGCUUCAGACUUCACAAAUCCAACAUGACACAAUCAAGAUUUUCAACUGCCUUCUUUUUCUUACUGGGUUUGUCAUUUUGCCUGACAAUCCCUAUUCCCGUUGAAGAUAGCCAUGAAUUCACAGAGAAAGACCUUCAGUUUGCAGAGCGCUAUCUCAGGACUCACUAUGAUCUCCGUCCAAAUCCUGCUGGCAUUAUGAGGAAAAGUGCCAACACAGUGGCAUCUAAACUUCGAGAAAUGCAAGCUUUUUUUGGCUUGGAGGUGACAGGAAAAUUAGAUGAAGAAACGUAUGAGUUGAUGCAAAAACCAAGAUGUGGUGUUCCAGAUGUGGGGGAAUAUAACUUUUUUCCUAGAAAACUCAAAUGGUCAAAAACUAAUUUGACGUACAGAAUUAUGAACUACACUUCAGAUCUGAGACGUGCUGAAGUAGACAGAGCUUUCAAAAAAGCAUUCAAAGUUUGGUCUGACGUGACACCACUGAACUUCACAAGAAUACGAAGUGGCAUAGCUGAUAUCAUGAUUUCCUUUGGAACUAAAGAGCAUGGUGACUUUUACCCCUUUGAUGGACCCUCUGGAUUACUGGCUCAUGCUUUCCCUCCUGGUCCAGACUACGGAGGAGAUGCCCAUUUCGACGAUGAUGAAGCUUGGUCAGAUGAUUCUAGAGGAUAUAACUUGUUUCUUGUUGCUGCCCAUGAAUUUGGUCAUUCACUGGGACUUGAACACUCUAGAGACCCUGGAGCUCUGAUGUUUCCAAUUUACACAUACACUGGAAAAACUGGUUUUGUGCUUCCUGAUGAUGAUGUGCAAGGGAUCCAAGAGCUUUAUGGUGCUGGAGACAAAGAUCCAAACCCGAAACAUCCCAAAACGCCGGAAAAAUGUGAUCCAGAAUUAUCACUUGAUGCAAUAACAGAACUUCGUGGAGAGAUGCUGGUCUUCAAGGACAGGUUUUUCUGGCGACUGCAUCCUCAGAUGGUUGAGGCAGAACUGGUGUUACUUAAGUCCUUUUGGCCAGAGCUUCCAAACAAAAUAGAUGCAGCUUAUGAAAACCCGAUCAAAGAUCUCGUGUUCAUGUUUAAAGGAAAGAAAGUCUGGGCUCUGAAUGGCUACGACAUAGUUGAAGACUUUCCUAAAAAGAUAUAUGAAAUGGGGUUCCCAAAAGCAAUGAAAAGAAUAGAUGCAGCUGUCCAUAUUAAAGACACUGGCAAGACUCUCUUUUUUAGUGGAAAUAAGUACUGGAGUUAUGAUGAAGAGGCAGAGGUUAUGGAAGCAGGCUACCCCAGGUUCAUAGAGGAAGAAUUCGCAGGAGUUGGCGACAGAGUGGAUGCAGUCUAUGAAAGAAAUGGUUAUCUCUACUUCUUCAAUGGACCACUGCAAUUUGAAUAUAGCAUCUGGAGCAAAAGAAUUGUCCGUGUCCUGCAUACUAAUUCCCUGUUUUGGUGCUAAUUACAGUUGAGUGCCAUGUCAUAAGCUGCAGAGCAGCUUGUAGUACGUGGAAAUAAUAAGAUGGGCAUAGAGAUUUAUUAGACGACAGCAAGGUUCUGUGAAUAAGCACCCGCUACUGGCCACCAAAUGUAUACUGUAUAUAUGGAACAAUAUAGCUGUACGUCAGUCUGGAACUGAAUUAACUUAAUAGGAAAGAGGAAGAGACAUUAUUAACAUUUCAAAGGGCAUUACACCAUUAAAAGUUUGUGCUGGAUACAUCCUACAUGAUCAUGAGCACUAGGAAUUCCUAGUAAAAUGAGUAUAUCUAGCAACUUUCAAGGAUCUCCUAGCAUGUCCCAAAAAAUAGAGCUGAUAUAUGCAGGAGAGUUAAAUUUUUAAACUAAUCCUUCAGGUCUUUGUACAGUUCCUGCUAAUGUACUGGAAAUUCAGGUAUGUGAUGAAUAAGUCAGGACUUCACGGUGACUCCCUGAGCAGGAUAGUACCAGGCUGUAACACUGAACAUAGAGAAUUCAAAGGUAUUUGAAUGUAUCCUCAUUUGAAUGGGAUUGUCCCACUGGAAACAGAUGCCCUGUCAUUGCUGAAAUAUGCAGAAGGUAUAGAAGCAGCGAGGUGUCAUUCCAAAGCAGAUGAAAAAAGGCAAGAGAAGGGAAGAGCAUUCCCUGAAGAAAUGAUUAGCCUGUAGGACACUGGGGAAACCAGAAAGAAGUAGCAACAACACGAGAAUCACACAGGUUGAAAUCUUGCAUAAAGCUACAUCUGGUAACACAGCCCACGUUUUCAGUUGGUCUAAACUGAAUUAGUUCAGGUGACAUCUAUAGAGAUUUUGUCUAGUUGUACCAGAGAGAACCUGAACAUUCAAAUAAAAAUAUUCACAAUAAUACCUUUUUUCAUGUUAGCCAGUCUUUUAAUAUCAAUAUCAGGUGUGUCAGUACCAUGUAAGUUUUUGGUUUAUUUUUUAUCAAUGCAAAUGCUGCGGGACUGUGAUUAUUUUUCAGUUGAAAAAAUAAUGUUAAAUAAACUGGAGGAAUAAAAUGACAUUGUGGAAAUACUUAAAAUUUCCUGUGCUGCCUGUCAUAAAAGCAAGAGAGCUAUCAGAUAAAAGAAAUCACGAACCCUAACCUGUGCAUUUAAUUCAUUAAA